GGUAGAUAAUUUCAAAACAUGUGUCGAUGUUUUGAGCCUCAAAUAUAUGAUCAUGGUCAAAAACAGUAAACCUAACUUAAUUAUCAAAAUGUGAUUAGUCAAAUUAAAAUCUUUAACUAACCGGACACUGUGUCAAUGCAUUGCCACAAAGAUACAUUCAACUUACAGACGAUUUUGAUGAUUUUUAGUUGUGUUUGCCCAGCUUGCUUGAAACUUGACUUGAAUAAUAACCAGAUGCAACUGACAAAUGGCGACCAAGGACAUUUCUGACAUGUCCAUCAAGACUGAGUUCCAUACGGGUCCCGUGACAGCAGUGUCCAUCCUCAAGGGACACGUGUUAGCAGGGAUAGGAGGCAGUGUGCAUGUGUACGAAACGGAAAAGAGGGAGCAGGUAGCCUUGCAAUAUGUGCUACCAUGCAGGAACAUCCAUGGGAUUAUCAGAGAUUUAACAGAGAAUGUGUUCUGUGCCUAUGGAGAGAAGUGUUUCAGAAUUUUCUCUACAUCAGCCGACCCUGAAAUAAGAGUUGACUGUCAAGAUGAAGCUGUUGUGUUGGAGGACUGGAUUCUUGAUGUCCGGUUUAUGGAAGAGCCUGAAUCUCAGCAAUGCGAACAGCUGGCUGUGGCUGUGGCUCACAACGUGAUCCUGCUGUGGGACAUCACGUCAAGGACGCUGCUGCACAGGGUAGACUGUGUGGAGAAGUGCAUUCUCUACUGUGCUCACUUCAUCAACACUUCCUGGUCUAACCUGGUCCUGGCAGCUGGUACCGUGUUCAACCAGGUGAUCGUCUGGUCUCCCCACGGAGCCAGGAACAACCAGGAACAAAGGGAGGUAAUCCACAGGCUCAAGGGGCAUCAAGGGGUGAUAUUUUCAAUUGACUACAACCCCAAGACCAGCAUCCUGGCAUCUGUCUCGGACGACCGCACGAUACGACUGUGGAAACUGACCUUCCCCUCAAACAGCCUUGACCCUUCCAUAUCAGAUUGGUGUGAGAUGGAGAGUAGAUCCUUGCUGACCCUGUACGGACACUCGGCCCGCGUUUGGGACAUAGAGCUGUUGGCAGACAUCUUUGUCAGUGUGGGGGAGGAUGCUACCUGUAUCGUGUGGGACUACGCUGGGAACAUACUGCACAAGUUCAAAGGUCACAAGGGGAAAAGUAUUUGGAGUCUUGCCUGUGACAAAAGUGGAAAGUUUGUGGUGACGGGAGGGGGCGACGCCAGCAUCAGGAUGUGGCUGCUGGAUGACGCCGACCACCACCAGGAGGCGCCACAGUUGAGUCUGUCUCUACCCUCUCACUUACAGGGUGAGAAGGAUGACUUUGCCAGGAGUAUCGCCAUGUGUGGAAUGGACAUUGUUCUAAUCAUGACCAAUGGAGGAUGUCUCCUGCGAUACAGUGUCUCAUCUCGUACCUGGACGUGUCUGUAUCAAGAUGCACUCUUCUCCUCCUACACUGUCAUGGCCGUCUACCCUAGCAACACACUUGUUGCUAUUGGUAACAUAACAGGCACUGUCAAGGUCUUUGAUGUUGGUACAUGUGCACUUUGCAGUGGCGGUCAAAUAUUUGAAGGGAAAGUGUUCGGCCUUACCUGGGUGGACACUGGUCACAUGCUGACAACGGGGCCACAGGGGAUGAUGUAUAUUCUGUCUGCCCCCUCCCUCGCCAAGACUGCCUGCCUGACCCUGCCAGUGUGUAAACAGCGAUGGGCGUCGGCGGGGGUCCUGUGUGCAGCCCUGGGGGUGCUGGUGUGUGGAGACCGGGGUGGGACAGUGCACUGCUACCACAUCAACCCUGGGGACCAGGCAACAGCCACACUCCCAGCAUCAAGUUUUGCGAAGAUUCAUGGGAAGGCUGGAGUUACAGAUGUAUGUUACCAUGGCAACACGGUAUACACAUCGGGGCGUGAUGGACAGUACAGACAGUGGGACGUGACAGACAGGGAGCUGACACUGAGGAGCUCCCACCGGGUGAUGAAAGGGAUGGAUUGGAUAGACCGGCUCCAUGUGACGGCAGACGACACUCUGGUCUACGGCUUCCACUCUUCUUGCUUCACGCUCUGGAGCGUGACACAGAACCUGCGUCUGAUGGACGUGGAGUGUGGAGGCGGACAUCGCGCGUGGGACUGUCGGCUGCGCGGGGGGACUGCCAGGUUUGUCUACCUCAAGACAAAACACAUCCUGGUGUGUGACACAGCGUGCAGGUCAAGACAGGUCAUUCUCAAGGGCAGUCUUCAUGGCAGAGAGUUGUGUGAUGUCCGCCAUAUCACAACAUCCCGGGGCAGACAUGGUAACGCUGUGCACGUCCUGGCAACUUGCAGUGAGGAUACAACUGUACAACUGGUGUCUAUCUCUUCACACAGGGGCAUUUCCAACCUCACAGUCCAUCACACGCUUCAGGGUCAUCUGUCCACUGUGAAGACACUUGCUGUUAGUUGUUCUACCAAAGGUCAAGGUCAGUUACAAGACCAUGAGAAAAUAAUCUUCUCCGGUGGAGGUCGGGCCCAGAUUCAGGUAUGGAAGGUGAAGGUCAACCCAACUAACGAGACAAAAGGUAUCAUUCCCGAAGAAAGCGACCAAGAGCUGAUUACCAAUGUGAAAGAUGCGACGCGGGAAAGUAAUUUCCCGUCGGGAGACAAAAGUCACAUUUCCCAGUCAAAUGGUUUGACACCUGGUGUCCGUCAGAUCAGUGACACUCCAUGUUCCUAUGAACACCUGUCCUCUGUGUUCCUGUGUGGAGAGAGGCAUCGUGGGUGCAGAUCGGCCAGCGGGGGUCAGUCAGACCCCGAGACCCGAGUGAUGUGUCUGACUGCUCUGUGUCUGCGGGAAGUGUCUGAUGACUAUCCAGACACCCUGCACGUUGUGGGGGCAGCAUGCUCAGAUGCCCUCGUCAGGAUCUUUGGCUAUGACGAGAAGCAGAAAUCCUUGACACUCCUACAACAAUCUAGUUACCAUGACAACUGUGUGUUAAAGGUCAGUCAUAUCAUCCACCAAUCACAUCCAAGGUCAAGGGUCAUGUUGCUGUCAGCUGCAACUGAGGGACAGAUUGCAUUCUGGGACAUCAGCCAUAUAUGUCAAACAUACGCAGAAACUAGAUCCCCCUGUGACACAGAUUCACACCAGACACAUAUACCUAAGCAGGAAGUAGAUGAGGAGCAAUAUGGAGAACACUUAGAAUACCAGCCAUCAAAUGAAUCAUGUGAUUCUGAAAGGACGUCAUUCCAUCCAAGCUCAGCUGAGGAUCGCGACAAGACUUGUGUGGGUCACAAGAGUGGGUCUUUUUUGAAGCCAGACUCAGGACAGCGAGUGUACUCCAGGAGGGAGACUCUGAAGACGUUAGAGGAAUCGGUGCAGGUGGCCAUGAUGCCAGUUGCUACAGUGAAGUGCCAUCAGUCGGGGAUCAAUGCUCUACAUGUCUUCUGUCUUGGAGAUGAAAGAUACCUGAUUGCCAGCGGUGGGGAUGACAACUGUCUGACGGUCACCUGCGUACACGUCACUGCUGCAGGAGAUGAGAUGGGCGUACACGUGGAGGGGUGUUGGAAGAACGCCCACGCCCAUGCAGCCCAGAUCACAGGUGUGUGGGUACUGUCCGACCAGCUUGUCGUGAGUGCGUCCAUCGACCAGAGAGUGUGUGUGUGGGAGCUGUCGGAUGCUGGAACCCAACACUUCAAGAUGGUCGCUUGUCGAUAUGUCCACUUCUCGGAUAUUUCAAACAUUGAUGUCUGGCAAGAAAGGUCUGUGGUAUAUCUGUUUCUGUGUGGCGAGGGGCUCACUGUUUUACAUAUAGACACGGAAGAGAUGUGAAAAGAAAAUAAGAGAAAUGAAUGUAUUAUUUAUCUGACAAGAAAUAAACAAAUCAGUACCAAAUUUG